AUGUUGAAUCAUGGGAUGGGAUCUGCAUUCAGUUCGUCGAUUGGUGAUGCCAAAGCAUCCUGUAGUGGAUCCGGUGGAAAUUAUGUCGAUCAUGUUAUCAUUUAUGUUGUCCUUACACUGGAAAUCACGAGAGGUGUGUUGGUCGGCCCAUGGUCGGUUGGAGCCAUCAGAGCAGCCAGCUCGAGCGUGAUCUGGGCAGCUAGGAGUGGGUUGGUCACAACACCCGUUAAAAAUCCGCGCAGCAGUGCUACUGCCCAUCAGCACAGAGUCAAGGAUGAUGAAUGUGCUUCUGGAGAUCCCACCGGAAAUGCAAGAGACAUUCCGAGAACAAAGUCGCUGGAAGAUCACCAAGAUGCUUCUCAUUUCCUGAUGUUUCCACCUUUAGUGAGUCUCGACGCCAUCGAGAUGAGUCCUAGUGGUACGACUGUAGUAGUGGGCGGCAAGAACGCAGGUGGCAUGAGUCAUCUCAUGUGGAAGAAGUGGCCACUGGUGAAAAAUUCUCCUCCACAUUCUCUCAUGUCAGGUCAUAUUAUUUACCACAUUGAAUUUCAGGGGAAAUGGAAAUGGGCUGAUGUACCUGAUGCGAGAGACAAGUCCCAAGAUACUCCUGUUACUUGCCCAGAACAGUUGCUAGUAACAGCAUUGCCCCAACUGAAGCCUCAGCAGGUUUACCGCAUGUCAUUAUCACGAGGUUUACCCGACAAGAUUAUUGCUGCUAUGAUUGCAACUGAGGACGAGCUCUCUGUAUGGCAAGUUACAAAUGGACCGUUAGGUCAGAGAGUUCAGAUGUCCACCAUUGGUUUUGGCUUGAUGACACCAGAUCGCGUGUACUCAAUGUAUUGCUUGGCCACAGAUGCGUUUGCCUUGGGAGUGGGCGGUGGAUGGGUAGUUGUGGGCGUGGACGGGGAGCUGAGGGUGUGGUUAGGUGGUGGUGGCUGCCGCCCUUGCCAUCAGGGACCAGUGACGGACCUUCAGUUAUACGGGUCCCAUUUAUACACAGUCGGUGGAGACGGAUGGCUAAGGGUUUGGGAAGCAGAGACCCUAGAAGAAGCUGCCAUCAAAGCGACAGGUUCAGAUUUGCUGAGGAGGGGAUGGAGUGAGACUAGUGUCACUAAAGCCUGGCUGCAGCUCUUGAGGGAGAUCCAUGUCCAAACAAAGGGCCGGGUUUUCCCGUCACACUUUUGCCCUUCAUCAGGCACAAUUACAGCUUGGAUCAUACAGGGGACACAGAGCAUUUACGGGCUGCUGUACCACCUAGCAGUGCGUGGAUCCAGGCUGGUCACCAUGGACCAGAGAUGUCGACCACAACAACGGUGUCGACGCCAGGUUACGCUGCUCCAUCCCCGCCUGGUGUAUAUGCAGCACAUAGCGACGGUUACCCUGACAGCUGCAGUCCAGGCUCCGCUGCCGAGUUUACCGAGGAGGGAGGUCACCCCGCCGCCUGGUUUCGCUGCUCUUGCCCUAACCCCUGAAUUUCAGUGUCCCAAGAGCUCCCCACUUGACCUGCCCCCAGUACCGGUGAUGACGCUGGCUCCUGCACCUCCACCAGUUCCCGUUGCUGCCGCUCCUGUACCAGUUCCUGCCGUUGUCGCUCCAGCCCGUGGUGUUACUGCUCCUACCACAGGUCCCUCUGGACAGGUGCAGCUGGACACUGUUGCUUCAGCAACCACUCCAGCUCUGUACCUGGAUGGAGGACCUGACGUGGUCUUGAAGAAGCUGACGAAGAAGAAGAGGAAGGAGGAAUCCCCUCGGUCCGGCAGGUCUUCCAGCUGCUUCCCCCUCCUCUACCACAACAGAGUAUCUUCUAACGUGCCUUCGGAGGACCCUGCUGCAGCCCAAACAGGUUUGUUCAUGCGAGUGUUCACUCUGGUGUCGACUUGGACCCAUUCGGUAGGGAUACGUCUUCUGAGGUAUCUCGACGAUUGGCUGGUCCUGGUGUGCUCGGGCUCGCAGUUGCUACAGGACAGGGAUGGACUCCUCGAGUUCUGCCGUGAUCUUGGGAUCAUGGGGAACUUCGAGAAGUCAGAUCUCAAGCCCAAGCAGAGGAUGAAGUACCUGGGCAUACUGAUCGAUACGGAGGUACCAGGCUCCCAAAGUGAAUGGCUUCAGCCCCCAUCUCUUCCCAGACGAAACACAGGUGUUAUCUAUGCUGUGUGGGAAGGAGACUGGCACAACGUGUCCCUGCAUCAAGGACCCAGUGGGAGCGUGUCUGGUGUUGUGGCUCCAAAUCAUCCUCUCGUAGCCACCACCACCCAUCAUCAGUAUCUUCAAGUUGCAGCUCUUCCCCAGAGGCUCAGUGAGAGUUCAGUCAACGAUGAUGCUGACCGCAGAAUUGCAGAAUAUAGUCCCAACAACUAUAGCUCAAGCAGAGGUUCCUGGAUGCCUCAGUGUGUCACGUGGGCUAUCUGUCAGGUGGCAGAAGAUGAUAAUCUAUUGGUGGUUGGUCUGGAAGAUGGAUCAGUCAUUCUCUAUCUGCUCCAUGCCUCUCUGAAGACCUCCAAUACUCAGCUCACACUUGUCCAGACGGAAAGGCCUCACGAAUCUCCAGUAGUUUACGUCACGGACCUCCCAAAUAAAGAUACGAGCCGGAAAAUAGUGGCCCGAAUGUCUCUAGUAAUAACUGCUAGCGAAGAUUGCAGAAUCUUCAUAUUCCAUCUGACAAGGGCCGGAAAAACCACUAAACUGGAACCUUUGGAUUUCACCAACUUGGAGCCGUUCCUGAAGAGUAGAAAUCAAAGAGGUUGGAGAAACAAAUCAUCAAUAAACCUUGACAAAAUAGAAGCCUCAGAAAUAUCUGUCACUGGUGAGGCCUCCACUGUUGGAUACAGAGAAUCUCCAGACUCUUGGUUACUACAGCAGCAUUCUGACUGCAAGGAGGUCUGGAAAGGUUCGACCAUUGUGAGAAAAGAAUUGCUGAAGAAACUAGAUGGAAAAACCAUGUUAGGAGUUACAUCACUUGGGCAAGUGGUACAUCUGCAUCAGUCACAGGAGUCCUACAGUAUCCGGCUUUCCAAAGAACCGUCAGUGAGUCCUCAGCGGUCAAGCGUUACUCCUCGGCGAUCCUAUAAAACUCUCAGAGCAGGUGACAUUCCGAGGGAAGAACAGAAGAGCGCCUCAGAUCUUAGAAUCAGUAGUCUAAGUCCCAGUUCUAUGAGAAAGUCGGAUCAUACAGCACUUCUGUAUGGAGAAAGGCCAUCCAGUGUCCUUUCUGAUGAUGUUAAGUUACUUUUGCCCCCAUUCAUGAACGAUGCUACUCUACUACUUCUUGCAGUGAGUCAAGAUGAAGAGCCUCAGGUUAAAAGUGACCUUGGGAGCAGAAGAAAUGUCAUAGGCUGCUUAAGCAAAGAUGGCAUGUGGAUAGCAGCCUGGGUCGAAGGGAAUGUGACUCUUUACUGUGCCAGUGGAUCAUCAUUCCCCAGUUCCAGUUCCUGUGAUCUGCAGCUUCGCCAAGUGGGCAUUCGAGGAGUGGUGAUCGCAGAGCCUGGCCCGAGCUUAGAACAACGGGUCUCAAAAGAAGCCGGUGAGAGGCUGAAGGUGGCCAUGGAAGAGGCAGCUUCUUUGCUCCAACAGAAACUCUCGAAAUUGAAGUGGGAUUUUAGAAAGGUGUCUCUCAGGGCAGAUCAGUUGGAAGGAGGCCAGCAGCUGUUAGAAGACCUUCCACUACAUGCGGUUAUUACUUCAUCCUUGAAUGCACAAACUACUCAAAAUAUGAAUAAGGUUGUGCGAGGAAGCAGUUACGAAAUUGAACGUCUAGAAGUCCUUUUGGGUAAGCUCCGAACACUUUAUUCCUGGAAUCCUGUGGUUUCUUCAUUGGUUGUUAAGGCUUUUGGGUUCGAGCAACUUCGACCGAUGAAAACAAGUGGAGCAGCAGCCACAGCAAAUCGGAGGUCAGAAACCUUCCAUCACUUACUGGUUCGUGAAGUUGUAGGGCGUGUUGGUGCAGCUGGGAGAGGUGUGGGCGGUGAGGGUGGACUCUCGGAAGCUGAUCUCGAUGUUGGGCGGGAGUUGAAAUGGAGGAGGACUGCCUUCAGUCGUUUGGAAGGAUAUCGAGCGAGAGAAGAUGCCAGAAGCGCUCAGCUGACGUCGUAUAAAAUAGAGCACAACCUGCCUCUUACAAAUGAAGGUGAUGAUGGAAAUGGUAAAGGGAUGCAAGGUGAGGAGGACCAUGAUCAAGUCAUCAAGGAUGAAGUAACUGUACCCCCAGCCAGUGUCACAGUUGAAGAAGUUGAAAGCAAACUGUGGAGUCUUCUAGGACGGAUCGAAGUAGAGAGCAAGAGAUCCAAGGAGAGAUUACAAGAUGCAGCUGAAGCUCAGUCAGCAGUUUUACAGCAAGUAAAUCUUCAUCGAGCAGAGUGGGGUCACCCUUCCCUCAAUUUAACGCACCAACAGCUGCAUCUGAGUGUCAAGAUAUCAGAUGAGCUGGUAAAUGAAUUCUAUUGUGACCUCUUAGAUUUAGAUGGGCCCCUAGAAACCUCAGGACGACUAGGAGCAGACAACAGCACUCAGAGAGGAACAAAUACUAGCAGGAGAACCAAAUCCUCACCAAGAAUGCCACCUACUGAAGCUGACAAGAGGUCUUCUUUUCAUAAUGUCAAAAGAGACAGUGAAGGGACAGAUGUACCUCCUUUGAGUCUGGCGGGGUCACCGAGACUGGCCAAAUCUAGCAAAACUCCUCAAACAGGGACCAGUUCCCGUUCCCUAACGACAUCCCGGAGCGUCCGCACAGGAAGGACGGGUGCUACUACAACCCGGACUCCAAAAUAUAGUGGGAAAGGAAGAAAGAGCGGGAGAUAUUCGCCUAACCCAACGCCAAUGCCCCGUCCACCCAUGUCCUUAGAUCAGGUGCAGCAAAUUCAGCGACGAAGGAUUGGUUACCUCACAGAACUCAGCCAGAUUCCAGAAGCAGUUCAAGAUACUGGCAAGGAAGCUGAUAGAGUACUGGAUGACAUUGCACGCCAAGUGGUUGACGAGCGAUGGAGACUGGCGUGGGCAGUGUUGCAGGCAGGGCAGCUGGUGAAGACAGUGGCCGUGAGAGUACACUACAGGGACACCGAAAAGAAGCUUAGGAUGAGUCUAAGAGAAAGGCUUAAAGAAAGACAAGUUGUGAAAGAGAAGGUGUUGGCACUACGAAAGAGAAUACAGGACUACGACCACGAAUUAGAGUGUCUGGUAGAACUGGAAGGAGAAGUUGAAAGAGCUUUCAACCACUUGGUUACUGACAACGCUCAGUUUGAAGUUCAGCUUACUCGGUAUUUUGAAUCCCGCACCACACCUGGUCCAGCUCACAGACAAUCUGUUUCAAGUAGCAGUGAAGGCGGUGAUAGUGAUGGCAACGAUGAAGGUGAUGACAGUGGAGACAAUGAUUCGGGACUUGGCACCGACGAAGCAAGAAUGGAUGAGAACGGCCCUAGACCGCCAGGGUGUGACCCGGCUGUUUUCUCGCUCGUGACCCUUCUAAGGGAUCUCAGGUGGAGAGUGGCAGGUACUGUGGAAAAGAGUCGCCGUGAGAGGACAGGAGAAGAAAGACGCCAUGCAGCAGUUCUCCGUCGCCUUGUACGUGCUACACAUCUCACCCACUCAGCCCUGUCUUCUUUGACCACAUUACAGAAUAACCGCGAGAAAGAGCUAGGAGCAAUUCCAUCUGUUGUUUGGCUGCGGAAAAGUCAGACCAGUGGAGACUUGGGUACAGUUACUGUCUUACCUUACCCAAAUACCCAGCCUGACAGUUUAGCAGCAGUACAGUGGCCCCAGGAGGGAAAGUAUGCAUCAGCUAAUCUCCUCACAAAAGAACAUCUGCAGCAAUUAGAGCAACAGUUAGCCAAAGCCAAGAAAGCUCAGGAGUUAGCUAUUCGCAAGCACAGAGAGAGCCGCACAGAACGUAGGUCUCUUAACAAACAGAUAAAUGAGCUCCGGCAAGAACUUGCAUCACUGGAACAAACAUACCAAGUGACAAGAGCUUGCAAACUUGGAAUGGGUGCACAAGCUGGCCUAGAAGAUGUGAAGGCCAAACUAGAAACAGAGCUUGACCUACGAUGGCCUGGCAAGGUUGCCAGUCAAAUGAAUCGGCAUGAAAACAACAUCAAUCAACUCCAGAAAGAUGCUGCUGGAAGAACAAGAGAACUUAGAGCUCUACAAAAGGAAGAGGCAGCAUUGGCAGCCCACAUUCUUGCACUGAGGCAGGAGAAAGACCAUCUGUUAUACCAUUUAGCUCAGGCAUCUUCUUAUAGUGCAUCAGUGAAAGGAAAAUCCUCAAAGUCAGGUGGCAGGAUAAUGGGACAAGUGGGAGAACUAGAUCGUUUAAGAGCAUUUGUCUCGCAACAAGACACAACAAUAUCUGCAUUGAGGCACGAGAUAAGCGCUCUCCGCAACAAAAUGGGAUCAGUCACCCUUCCAGGUGUACCACAGCUUCCUCCUUCUAAGGUCCGGCCAUCCAGUAGCCUUCCGGAGCGUACACCCACCGCAACACACAGGAGUGAUCAUACUUUUGGCUAUGCCACCAGCACCCAGCCUACUUCAGCCACCGAUUCCAGUGAUGUGUAUGAAGAAGAGGGGGCUGAAGAAGGCACCUUUUUUUCUGGUGAAGAUGAAGACGGAGAAAAUUAUGACGAUGACAACAGUGGCAAUGAUAUAGUUGAAGAGGAAGAAGAUGACAGCAAUGAUGAUUCAAAAGGUGACUCGGACAAAUGAACAGAUAAUAUGGAGUUAUUGUCAAAGUAUGGCUGAUAAAAAUACAUAGUGCAUAUUUCAUUCAUACAAUAAGCAAUUUACUGAGUGUACUGGGUUCCAUAAAAUAAU